AUGCACCAACCACGCCUAGCCGACCUCUUCGAAGAAUUCACCCGCCCACACACCUCAACAGCCCCAACGGCCGAUCCACACAACCCAGUCGCAGACCGCGAUCCAAACGCCCAGUACGGCUCCACCUCCCCAACAACAAUCCCCUCUUUCCUCCCAAUCGAAGACAUCUACGUCGCGCCCCAAUACCAGCCCCCAAACCCCGAAGACGAGGACGACGUCGUCCCAGACCAGCACGCGGCUUUCGGUAUCGCCCGUGCCAUGGACCGCCGUCGCGACGCUGUCUGGCGGGAUUUGGGCCUCGAGGCGCUGGUUAAUGGCGAGGGUCAUGGGGGUGUGCAGGGUGUGACUGGUGCGGCCGGUGCGGCUGGAGCGGUGCCUGCUGCUGCUGGUGCGGCGGCGGCGGGGACGCCGGUUGUUAGGGUUCGUCAGGCUGGAAGGAGGAUGGGGGGGAGAAGGGUUGUUGGGUUGAGGUGA